UCUGGCGCCGAAUUGUUUAAAUCUACUAAAAUUAAUAAUUAAACGUAAACAAUGUCGCGUGACUCGCUUCUUUCGUGGAUGCGAAAUCUUGGAGAGAAGGGCCGUCAAAGUGAGCUGGAGUUGCUGAUUCAAAACAAGCCCAUCAAGGAGCUGACUGACACUCUAUGUGCAACAAUGUGCCGCAGCGAGGGAAUAACGUAUUGGAACUACUUGCUCCUGGGCUUCAAUCCAGACAGUCAGGAGGCACGAGAGAAGCGAUUCGCCUGCGUGCGCAGUUUUAUGGACGGACUGCGUAGCAUGGAGCUCAGCUACAAACAGACCUUCGAUCUGAUCACGCGCCUGUCCCAGGACCUUGUCACCUUCUCAUCCGACCAGCUGGCCUGGAUCGUGGAGCAUUGUAUUGACGGGUUGCGUCUGGGAGACGCCAAGUGCGUGGGCUGGAAGGACCUGCUCCCAGAUGCCCUCUCCUUGCUGUCGGCCAGGCCGCGGUUCCUUCUAAACGGAAUAUAUGUUGAAGGAGAUGAGUACAGGAAGGCUACAGUUCGAAGUAUUUCGACCAUGCAAUGGCCAUCAACGAUACUCACUCCCAUUGCCGAUAUGUUCAAGAAUAUGAACCUGAGCAACGCCGAGGUCGUGACUGUGCUGAACAAGUUUUCUGGGGCCCUGCAGGAGUUGUCUCCCAUGGAGCUGCCUGCUUUGUGCUUCCAGCUCUUUUCCAUGUGCACUACUGCCUCUCAGUUGAUUAUUCCUUUGCUGGCACUGGAGAAGUACUUUCAUCGCAAUUUUUACAAGCGCCUGUUCUCGGACAUGUGCAGUAACUCCACAAACCUGGACAGCAUUGACUCCUAUUCGGACAAGGAACUUCGGGAGGCGGAGGAGACUAUACUACAUCAUUUAAACUACUGUACUAUGUACAAGUUAACAGAGAAACACUUGGCCAUAAUGCUGAGAAACUUCCAGCACAUGCCCGAUGUGGUACUUACUCCUUUUAUGCUCAGCGCCAUUAUAUCCAUGACGACAAUAAAUCGCGAUCCGGAAUCCGCACGCACCUCUCACUCCAUUCUGCUGCCCUUUUUGCGUAAUGUUAUCAAAAAUAACGAAGAAGAACGCACCUUGGCUGACUAUUCCGUGUGGUAUCGAGAUACUUUGCAGCGUAAACAGGUUGAUCUGCAACAGGUUUUUGCGGUGCUGAUAGAUCAGAACAAAGAUGGCAAGGAUGUGAUCACACCCGGCCUGGUUCACUUGAUAUUCUAUUUGCUUAAAUCUCAUUCGCCCAAGAUGCACACCUUGUCCAUUACCUUUUUAACGAAAUUCAUACGGAAGCGCUUCAUUUUUGGUCAGGGAAUAAUCAAGUUAAUUUCUGAAUGGAUGAUUGUAUACCAGGAUCAAAAUCAGUUCUCGGAAUGUCUCACCCUACUGAGCGUGGCAGAUACGUACACCGUCUCGGAGUGUAUAAAGACCAUUCAAAAUGUUAUGGAGCACAUGCAAUGGCUUUCUGGUGAGCAAGCCAUGCGGAUGAUGAACUUUAUUCUGCCCCUCUUAAAAAUAUCUAAUCGCGUUCGCGAUGCUUUGAUUGAUGUUCUUUGCAAGUCCAUGAGCUCAAGCGGCAUUCAAAAACGUCGAAUGGCCAUUUAUGGUUUCUGCAUGAUCCUAAAGCAGCUCAACAACAGCAAUGCUGUGCGCCAGACCUCAAGUGCCACCAGCUUCUGCACGCAGCACAGUAUUUCUGGUUACUCCAUGAUGACCCAGAACACGCUGGGAAGUCGUAGCAAUCCGCAGCGUAACUUUGACAUGUUGACUCUGGAGAUAAUCGGAAUGUUACGAAAUUGCUUACAGCAGCAGUUCGAUAUUCGUUGUACCCUCUAUGAGAAUCUCCAGAGGGCCGUGGAGCUGAAUGCCAAACUGGUGCCCCACGUCCUACAGGUCAUCGAUUGGCACUUUCGGAGCUUCUUUGAAACGCCCGCUGCUGAAGAUGCUGGUGAUGAUUUGGACACAGUUUUUCGCAUUCGCUACGACCAGUUGGCCACUGCCAUUGAUGAACAACAUAUGGAGAUUCAGCUCAACGAUAACCUUGGCCGGCUGAUCCAGUUUGUGGCCAACUGUUUGUCCAUCUUUGAGCGAGCGCCAACGGGCUACGACACACGGGAGAUGAAUCGUCUUAUGAAUCUUUGUGAGCAACGAAUGACGGCCAAUAGAUUACCCUUGGAGGACAUUGCGCCCCCAGCCACACACCUUAAGUGCGUUUUGGUGCUGCAGCAACUAAAUAUCAUCGAAGGACUUAUUUCCCACUUGUUGCUUCGGUCUAAACCGCAAAACGAUGCUGUGUCCCAGAUUCUGCCUUUAUUCAAUCAGCAUGUGAAGCUCUUGGAGAAUCUCAAAACCCUGGCAGGUGCCUCAAAGAAGAGUUUGAAGCAAUCAGCCAAGCAAGCGGCCAACAAUACUUCGCGAUCUAACACCUUUAAUCUGACCAUGAACGGGGUCCCAGUGAGGAGCAUGUGCACGCAGCCGGAGAACAUUUGGGACUUGGCUAUACUGGAGAAACUGCUACAUCUAUUGCUGGAUGACGUUGUGGCCUUUGCUGCACCCGAGAGGACCACUCUCUUGCGUUCAAAUCAGCCUCUCGUGCGUUACACUAUUAGUACUACUGCACAAAGACUGGAGGGCAUACGCCAAGAACCGGACUAUAAACAACUUAGCUACAGCAAGCGGACCUUUAAGCAACUAGCAGACAUCACCAAGAUCAUAUACGAGCGUUGCAUUCGUCGGCUGCCCCAGUUGUGGCGAGAAUUCGAUAUGGCCAGCUCCGCCUUGGCCGCUAAAUGCUUUGCUGAGUGUCUUAGGACAGCCCAUCAGGUUUAUCCGAAGAAGUUCCAGGAAUUCGUCAGGAUAUUUGAUAUGGCAUCCUUAAACAAAGGCAAGGAAGUCACCUAUAUUGUUCAGGAUGUCUUGGAUGAGUUUAUGACGGAGUAUUGCAGCGAUGAAGCCAUAUGCAACGAUGAGUCCGUUGCCAAAGUGCCAGUUUACCUCUUGGAAGCUUUAGAAAUUCUUCUGGAUCACAUUGAAUUCGGAGAGCGGGCAGCCACCGAGUCGUACACUUGGCUGUUGCGCUUUUGCAGCAAAUACGAGAUCCUAAAUGGCGAGAUGGGCCUUGUACACCGAAUGCUAUUUACCCAGCGCCAGAAAACGCAUUCGGGCCCAUUCUUUGAGAGUAUUGCCAGGCAAUUGGGACUUGUGCUUGGCACCCAAAAUGACAAUUUGGCCUUGGAUUCCAUGGAGCUGAGUUUGAAAUCUAUAAGUACCGUGACAGCCGAGAGCUGUCUGCAGCACCUCUACGCAGCUGUACAGAAGCAGCUGACGGAUGUGGAUUAUUUCGUUACCAAGGCCAAUAAUUUGAACUACAAAUGCCAGAUAGUUCCCGAAACGGAUCAGAUAUACUGGCGAGGUAACCUAGAUGCCAUGGACCGUUCCAUUUGCACUCAGAUAAUCCACAUCUCGCGGACUCUUAUGUGGCUUACGCACCUCUGCAUUCCGCUGGGUUCCUCCAUGGACGGUCUAAUGAAGCUGCUGAUCCAGCACUAUACGUGCCUGAAAAACCUGGCCAAGCACUACAUAUCCUGCUUCUCGUCCGAUGGAAGCGUGGAAAAUAUUCGUAGCACCAAAUUUGAGCUGCUUCUUAGGGACGUGGGGAAACAACUGCCGGCCAAUGUUUACGAGCUCAUAACCUAUAUCGAAGCGAACACCCUGGAUGAGGAAGCGCAACAGCAUAUUAAGAAGCGCAAGGUCCAGGCCGAGCGAGCCAAGAUCCUCCGGGAGACAAGGCUGAUUCCCAAAGUCAUUAUGGUCAUCGAGGACUUCAACAAGCACAUUAUCCUGCUGUCCAAGAAGACCAAGACCCAGAACAGGCUGACAGACUACUUGCACUUGGGCACUAUGCGUGACUUUGAUAUCAAGUCGAACGAUUUGAAGGCGGCCAUAGAGCGUAGUUUAUCGGAUGGCCGUAAUAUAUCCGAAGAGGAUAGCAACGCGGAGGAUCAGGAGGAUGAAGUAGAGGAGGAUGCCCAGUCCACCACCUACCCGGCAGAUGAGAGUGAGGCGGAGGCCGAAGCGGAAGUGGAGCCUGAGGACGUUGAAGAGCCAGUAGUAGUGGAAAAAAAGACGCAGCGCCGUAGACGUGCACCCAGUAGUGAGUCGGAGGAUACUCAACCAAAACGGAAAAGAGGCCGCAAGCCCACCAGUGAAAAACAAGAAUCUAAUGCAAAGACGCAUCCAGAUAGCUCAAAAACUAAGAACCUGAAAACGGAUUCAAAUAAACAGGUCAAAAAAGCAGCUCAGGCCGCAUCAGACGAGAAUAAGAGGCCCAAGAGAUUUGCAGAAAAGAAAGAGGAAAACCAAAGGGCAAAGGAAAUCACAGAAGUCUCAAAGCCGGAAAAACCCGAAACUAAAGAUAAGCCUCGAAUCAGCCGACGACUAGGGCUUGGGCGCUCGGGGAAGAUGUGAGUUCAAUUUAAAAAGGUUUUUUGUUAUUUUAUCUUCUUGUAAAUUGCAUUUCAUACAAGAUACGUAUACAUACAUUCAUACAAGAAAUUCACAUACACAAAUCCACU